AUGGGACAGCGAUCUCGCAGAACGACUGUACCUGCUGAUAUCAGACUUUCUAUCACACUUCGUAUCAUGGCUGGAGCAGAUGUAUGGGACCUGGUUGCUGUGUUUCAAGUUAAGCUUUCUACAAUAUACAGGGUGCUUGAGAGUGCUAUAAGCGCUUUGAACACAGUUCUGAAGCUUCCGGGAUUACCAAAAACACUGCAAGACUUGCAUCGCUUCGCGAUGCAAUUCAAGACGUCUCUAAAAUCGCCCAAUCCAUUGAAUGAGUGUGUUGGUGCUCUAGGUGGGUUGGCUAUCAAGAUAAAAAAGCCACGAGAGGAGGGAAACCCUGCCGUUUACUAUAGCCAGAAGGAUUUCUACGCGUUAUGCGUUAAGGCGAUGGUGGAUUCUAGCUAUAAUUUUUUAUCUUACUCAUUCCGAUGUGUCGGAUCCACGCACGACUCUCUUGCGCAUGCUGCUUCGUCUCUAGGAAAGUAUUUACAGAACAAAAAUUUGGAUGGCGAGUUUUGGAUUGCCGGUGAUGAGGCUUACAUGUGCACAGAAGAUCUCAUCACUCCAGUUCCCAGGUGUCAUGCAUCAUCAGAGGAAGAUGCAUUCAAUUUCUUCCACUCCUCAUUGCGGAUGCAUAUGGAACAAGCCUUUGGAAUGCUUACGGCGAAGUGGGGAAUAUUUCAGAAACCUUUAGGCUUUCCAGUGCGGAAGAGCUCGCGGAUUGUCGCCGUCGCAAUGAAACUACACAGUUUUUGUCUGUCGAAAGGAUAA